AUGUACUGCUCUGAGCUGAAGAUGAUGCAGCUGGUUGUCAUGGCAGCAGUGCUGGCUCUGGCGGGGGCGGGGCAGCCCUGCAGGUCCAGGUGUUACCCGACCACGGUCCCCAUCACCGUGAGGGGCUGUGGCAUAAAGAAGGAGAUCAACACCACCAUUUGUGUCGGACAGUGUCCCAAUGAGGAUUCGUUCUUGCCUGAGCGUUAUGCAGAGCUUAGGAAACAGGAGACCUGUAACGGGGACUGGUCCUACGAGGUGACGCACAUUGACGGGUGUGCAGAGCCUGUCUCCUACCCCGUGGCCAGUAAGUGCUACUGUAAGGGGUGCGUUGAAGAUUACACCUCCUGCAAGCGUUAUCAUGGAGACUUAAACAGCUGCCUGUCCUUUUAUUAA